CAUCCUCUUCAUUUGUUCCUGAAUCCUUGGAGACGGACAUUUUCCCCCCGUAAAGGCAUGGAAAGAAAUUUAAUUUAGAGAAAAACCGGAGUCCUUAAGCUGCAAAGAUGUCUGCCAGAAUGUCUGAUCUCCGUGUCCUGCUGCUUCUGGCUCUGGUGGGAAGGACAGCCUUUGGGUUUUCUCUGAUGUCCCUGUUCCCAGACCUGGACCCAGAUCCAUGCCUGUCCAGCCCCUGUGAGCACGGUGGGACCUGCCUCGUCAGCGGGGACACUUUCAAGUGCAGCUGCCUGGACCCUUUCUCUGGAAGCAGGUGCCAGAAUGUGGAAAACAAGUGCAAGGAAAACCCAUGUGGCCUGGGCGAAUGUCUCAUUACUCAGAGUCCUCCCUACUACCGCUGUGCCUGCAAGCACCCCUACAGGGGUCCAGACUGCUCCACAGCGGUUCCUGUGUGCAGGCCAAACCCCUGCCGAAACGGUGGUACCUGCUCCCGGAACCGGCGAAGAUCCAAGUUCACCUGUGCCUGUCCCGACCAGUUCAAGGGGAAAUUCUGUGAAAUAGGUUCUGAUGACUGCUAUGUUGGUGAUGGCUACUCUUACCGGGGGAAAGUGAGUAAGACAAUCAACCAGCACUCAUGCCUUUACUGGAACUCCCACCUCCUCUUGCAAGAGAAUUACAACAUGUUUAUGGAGGAUGCUGAAGCCCACGGGAUUGGGGAGCACAACUUCUGCAGAAACCCAGAUGGAGACAAAAAGCCCUGGUGUUUCAUUAAAGCAAACAGUGCAAAGGUGAAAUGGGAGUACUGUGAUGUCCCAGCCUGCCCAGCCCUAGACAUUACCGACCCCGUAGAGCCCCUGACCAAGCUUCCAGGCUUUGACUCGUGUGGGAGGACUGAGAUAACAGAGAGAAAAAUCAAGAGGAUCUACGGAGGCUUUAAGAGCACGGCGGGCAAGCACCCGUGGCAGGUGUCCCUGCAGACCUCGCUGCCACUGACCACCUUCAUGCCCGAGGGCCACUUCUGUGGGGGGGCGCUGAUCCACCCCUGCUGGGUGCUCACUGCUGCCCACUGCACUGACCUAAAAGCCAAAAAUCUAAGAGUGGUACUAGGGGACCAGGACUUGAAGAAGACAGAAUUCCAUGAGCAGACCUUCAGGGUGGAGAAGAUACUCAAGUACAGCCACUAUCAUGAACGAGAUGACAUUCCCUACAACGAUAUUGCUUUGCUCAAGCUAAAGCCAGUGGAUGGUCACUGUGCUCUAGAAUCCAAAUAUGUGAGGACUGUAUGUUUGCCUGAUGGUCCCUUUCCCUCUGGGACCGAGUGCCACAUCUCUGGCUGGGGUGUUACAGAAACAGGGGAAGGGUCCCGACAUCUCCUGGAUGCCAAAGUCAAGCUGAUCGCCAACACUCUGUGCAACUCCCGCCGACUCUACAACCACACGAUCGACGAGACCAUGAUCUGUGCGGGAAAUCUGCAGAGGCCUGGGCAAGACACCUGCCAGGGUGACUCUGGAGGCCCUCUGACCUGUGAGAAGGACGGGACCUACUAUGUCUACGGGAUAGUGAGCUGGGGCGAGGAAUGUGGGAAGAAGCCAGGGGUCUACACCCAAGUUACCAAGUUCCUGAAUUGGAUCAAAGCCACCAUCCAAAGGGAGACUGGCUUCUAAGGUGCCUUCCGAACCUCAGAGCCCCUUCUCCUGAGCACCCAGACCAGGCAAGGCCUCGUGGGCAGCAAUGGACACCCCUGGGAGCCUCCAGGAUGCACACGGCGAAGUGUCCGUGCUCUAAGCAGAGACAACAGCUCCCCGGCCUGGGGCGUCCCGGACCAACAUCUCCACCAUCAUCAGGCUCCCUCCUGAGUCAGUCGGGAAAUGACAGAACCGGCCCUAAAUAUAUUGUGCUUGCUUCCCUUCACACCAUGGCACCUUCUAGAAAAUCAUGGUUCACUGACUGCCUCCACCUCGGGACAUUUGCAAAUGUGGGAUCUCUCAACGUUCCACAUCGGUGGGUGUCCCCUUGGCACCUGUAGGCCU